AUGCUGAGCCGGUUAUCACGGCAUGCGCUCCGGCGGACGUUUAGGACUUCGGAGGUUCUCAUGAAAGAUCUCCGGAGCGUUACACGUGUGCCGCUAUGCACUCCGCUGGACGGCGAAAAUGCGUUAAGUGCGCAAACUGAAAUGGAUUACGUGCCUUUUGAUUCAAAGAUGACUACACUGAAGUCAAAAAUACGGGUUGCAUCAGAGCCUCACUAUGGGGACUACUGCACUGUCGGUGUGGCAAUUGAAAGUGGAUGUCGUUUCGAGUCCGGAUAUCCCCUCGGCAUUUCACAUAUUGUGGAAAAAUUGGCAUUUGGGUCAACAUCGCGACACUCAUCGAGAGACGAGAUUUAUGCAGUGCUACAGGAAAAUGGUGGUUUGAUCGACUGUCAGAGCACCAGGGAUACAUUCAUCUAUGCUGCGAGUUGUCAUGUGACGGGUCUUGAAGCUGUCAUGGAAAUUAUCGCCAAUGCAAUUUGGCGGGCUCAGAAUACUCCAGAAGAGCUGGAAGAGGCCAAAAUGAUAGUGCAGUAUGAAAUUGAGGAUAUGCCAAAGAAAAUCGAAAGCACGGAACCGUUACUGACUGACUGGCUCCACAUGGCCGCUUUUCGCGACAACACGUUAGGAUUUUCAAAGUUUACCACUGAUGACGGGCUAAAGAAGAUCACUAGGCAACAUGUUAAUUCGUAUAUCAGUCAAUAUCACGCGCCAGAGCGCAUCGUAGUAGCCGGGGUGGGUGUUGAUCACGACGAGUUGGUUGCGGCUGUUCAACGACAUUUCACAGUUGGAACUGCAAUGUGGGAGAGGAAUCCGGAAGAGCUUCUUCCUAACCUACCUCAGAUUGAUCGAUCUGUCGCUCAGUACACUGGCGGAGAAAUGAGAAUCCAAAAAGACUUGUCCACUUUGGCUAUUGGCACACCUUACCCGAAUCUUGCUCAUGUAGCGCUAGGUUUUGAAGGCGUUAGUUACAAAGACCCAGAUUUUGUCGCAUUUUGUGUGCUACACAUGCUUCUUGGAGGAGGAGGCUCGUUCUCUGCUGGUGGUCCAGGCAAAGGGAUGUACACGCGGUUAUACACCGAGGUCAUGAACAGGUGCCACUGGAUAUAUGGUGCUACUGCCUACAAUCAUUCUUAUGCGGAUGCUGGAUUGUUUUGCGUCCAUGCCAGUAGCGAUCCUGAACAGAUUAAUGAUGUUCUUGUCAUUAUCCUCGAUCAGUUCUUUAAACUACUCAAAGGCGUUGAAAAAGAGGAACUGGAAAGGGCGAAGAUCCAGCUCAAAUCGCAGCUGAUGAUGAAUCUCGAGGUUCGGCCGGUGAUGUUUGAAGACCUGUCUCGUCAAGUGAUCGGACACGGCUAUCGGCGGAAACCUCAAGAGUACUUGGAGAAAAUAGAUAAUGUGAGCGCUGAAGAAAUCGUACGAAUUGCGGAACGUAUGCUGUCUGGCCGGCCCUCAUUGGUUGGAUAUGGAGAUAUUGGAAAAUUGGCGAGUUAUGAAGCACUUGAUGAUGCUGUGGCACAUCGACGUCUUCAAAGUCUCGUUUCACGGAAGAAAGCAUUUAGCUGGUGA